AUGAAGGGUCUCUUCUUUCCUCCAUGCGUCGUUGUCACGGCGGCAUGGUUUGUAUCUGGUGGUGAAUGCGGCCAUGGCUCGUAUAUCGCGGGUAUGGCGGGUGAAGAAGGACUCUACGAUAACGUAGCACGUAACACGGGCAAUUGGCCAAACAUGCCACCGUGGUAUGAGCAUCAAUAUCCGUAUUCACCUUCGAAUGGACAGAGUGGCGCUCAAGGUCAGGGACAGUUAAUUCGUGUACAGCGCCCUGAUGGGUCCGUCAUGGUUAUGGAACAGCCACCCAGCAUGCAAGUGCCUCAAGCGGGAAGUUAUGCUGGUUAUGGCGUGCCUGGCGGUUACCCUGGUCCUUCAACUUUCUACUAUCCAGGAACUAGCCAUGUUGGUUCUGCGAGUCCCAAUCCGCCUCCGAGCACUCCUGUACCCAGCCCCGACUACGCAGCUGCCGGCUCUACCACCGCCUACCCCAGUGUUGUGUAUGGUCAAGCCUACACGCCAACGGGUGCGGCCCCCACUUAUCGAGCUGACAUGGGUACGGGGAUGCUUCCCAGUUAUCCUGUCCCUCAGCCGUCACAGCCGUUUUCAGCGCCUGCCGCUCAAUUCGUUUACAGCUAUUUAGGUGGCUCGGAUCCCCUGCUUUCGCUGGGAGCAGCGCACGUUCUCCAAGGGCCCCAGGGACUACCACCGCUGUACAGUCACCUUGGUUUCGACUUUUUGCAAACUGCAGAGCAGCCUGACAGCUCAGACCAAAUCGAGAGCGCGGAGGCCGGCGGAAAACGCAAGUGGAAGGCGACCGCAGUCAAGAGGGGAUUGCUAGCUGGACUAGGGGCACUCGCCACAGUGGCAGCAGUUGCGGCCGCCUCAAAGGCUGCCAACAAACGCGUAGACGGCCAAGACGAGUCUGCGGAAGCUUCUGAUGCAGAAAAGGAAGAAACAUCUCGCCCUCCUCCGUACAACCCAAACCAUCCUACCUACACGGAUUUAUUGGAAGAGUUGAAAGCAAUGCGCCAUUAG